CUGGGCCAGAGCAGCCCAAGAUGGCCGACUUCGAGGAUCGGGUGUCGGAUGAAGAGAAGGUACGCAUAGCUGCUAAAUUCAUCACUCAUGCACCUCCAGGAGAAUUCAAUGAAGUGUUUAAUGAUGUCCGACUACUACUUAAUAAUGACAAUCUCCUCAGGGAAGGGGCAGCACAUGCAUUUGCGCAAUAUAACAUGGAUCAGUUCACACCUGUGAAGAUAGAGGGAUAUGAAGAUCAGGUCUUAAUUACAGAACACGGUGACCUGGGUAAUAGCAGAUUUUUAGAUCCAAGAAACAAAAUUUCCUUUAAAUUUGAUCACUUACGGAAAGAAGCAAGUGAUCCCCAACCAGAGGAAGUAGAUGGAGGCCUCAAGUCUUGGAGAGAAUCCUGUGACAGUGCUUUAAGGGCUUAUGUGAAAGAUCAUUAUUCCAACGGCUUCUGUACUGUUUAUGCUAAAACUAUAGAUGGGCAACAGACUAUUAUUGCAUGUAUUGAAAGCCACCAGUUUCAACCUAAAAACUUCUGGAAUGGUCGUUGGCGAUCAGAGUGGAAGUUCACCGUCACGCCACCAACAGCUCAAGUGGUUGGAGUGCUUAAGAUUCAGGUUCACUAUUAUGAAGAUGGCAAUGUUCAGUUGGUUAGUCAUAAAGAUGUACAGGAUUCAGUAACUGUUUCGAAUGAAGUCCAGACUGCCAAGGAGUUUAUUAAAAUCAUAGAGCAUGCAGAAAAUGAGUAUCAGACAGCAAUUAGUGAAAACUAUCAAACAAUGUCAGAUACCACGUUCAAGGCCUUGCGCCGACAGCUUCCAGUUACUCGCACCAAAAUCGACUGGAACAAGAUACUCAGCUACAAGAUUGGCAAAGAAAUGCAGAAUGCUUAAAGGCUGAAUGUAAGAUUCUUCAGUACGUGGGGGAAAAGAAAGGAUUCAACAUGUGGUCAUAUGAUAAAUAGGUGGUUUAUAAACAAGAGUGAUAUUUUGCUAGGGCUUUCAGAGUAAACAGGUUUUCUAGCCUCAUGGAAUACUGUUGAACCUAUAACAUUGUCUGAAUUCUUUUAUGUUCUCUACUUUGUAAUAUUCUGUUGUCACUAUAUCUACUUGUAAAUUUUUUCUUUUUUAAAUUCCGUCACACUUAAUGUUGAGGAGAGAGAGAGAGAGAUCUAUCUUGGGGUCAUUUUACUGUUUAGAAAAUUUUCUUAGCCAUAAAAGCCCUGUUAGUGAUACAGACAAGUCAAUACUUUUUUACCCCUAUUCUUCAAAGAACUUCUGGUACUUCAAUGAUUUUUAUUAGUAGACCAACACCUGAAGAAGCUAUGCUACAAACUAUAACUAAAUGGAAGACACAUUCAUCCUUCUUCCUCCAACUGCUUUGAUCAUCACUUAGGUCAUCUCAUAACUUUAGAUUUCCAAAUUUUGGAUUGGGGCUUUUCACAUCCUUUUUGAGGGGCAAAGGAAGUUUUCUGGAAAUUCCAUUAUAACCAGCUUCUCUGGGGAAGUUGUUUUUAAAUCCAAAGACUUGAACCACAUUCCCUGCACAUGAUCGUGUUUGCUUUUUUUUUUGUAAUCCUUCCCUCAUUGUCUCCUUUCCUGUCUAGUACCAUUGUAGUUGUAGACAUCUGCAUUUUUAGAAGAGAGUACCCAUUUAUGGUUUUUUGUUUGUUUUGUUUUGUUUUAAAAAAUCAAGAACUGCUGACAUACUGUGGAUGUAGUAGAGUAUAUAUGAAACUUGAAAAAUGCAGAUGUUGAAGGAAUAAGUAUAUUGUACUAUAAUACUUUGUGGCAGGAUUGUAGUAUAAGCAAAUGAAUCAAACAGCUAUGUAAAUCACAAAGAAAAACUAAAAAUGAACCAAAGUGAGAAGGAUAACUUCCAGGCAGUAUCUUUCUAUUGUAACCUGUAAUUUAAGGGAAUACUAGUGAUUUGUUCUAAAUAGGAUGUAAAACUUGUUCCAAAUUUUUCUUCUUCAGUCCUGCCUGCCAAAAACUCAAAUGUAACUGUGAUAUAGCAACCGUUCCCAGGUAUAUUGGCAGGUAUGUAUGUUUGAUCUCAGAACACACAGGUGACAUGGAUAUGAUAACUGGUAGUGGUGGACUCAUUUACAUUGUUUACACUUCUAUGACCAGGCCUUAAGGGAAGGUCAGUUUUUUAAAAACCAAGUAGUGUCUUCCUACCUAUCUCCAAAUAUAUGUCAAAAAAGAAGGGUGUUUGUGUUUCAGCUUUGUUUGCUCAGUAAUACAGUCAAGCAAGAGUGUUUCCAAGUGACCCAUUCAGCUGUGUAAACAUUUUUGUUUAUUUCAAAUAAAAUAUAUUUGUAUUAUUUGUCAUUCAUACUAUCCAUCCAUACCACAGUAUCCUCUGUAUCAGGUAGACCAAUACAAAUAUACCUGUUUUGUUCUAAAA